AAGAAAACCCUGUGGGGCAGUUCUACUCUGUCACAAGGGGUCGCUAUGAGUCCAAAUUGACUCGAUGGCACCCAACACCAAUAAUAGGGCUGUGUUGACCUGAUCAGCAGAUACAUAUAAACAUAGAACAGACUAAAAAGAAGACAAUCUGGCUUUCUCCUAAGGGCAAUGGGCAGCAAUGAUCAACAAACCCCUGUAAUGUCCGUGCAUUGCAACCAUCUUGCUUUGAUGGGGGGUAAGAUGGGUCCCAUUUUUCAUUAAGACUGCAAGUUGGGGGCAACGGAAUACAUAAAAGUCCUAUGGGUUCAUAUCAGCUUCUGGUCAGGCACUAAGACUAGGCUUCAGUUACACGAUUAUUGCGAGGUCAUGAGUAGCAAACAAAUCAUACGUAUCAGGUGUACAGAAGCCAAGAACACCAGAGUGAGGUCUAGAGUGAGAAAAAGUGAUCAAGGGUUAGAGGCACAUGAUAGGGUGGUUCCGAGUCUGUCAAGGCAAACUGGCAGAAAAAAAGAACAUGCAUCAGCAGUUUUGAAAACUGGACAGCAGAAACCAGACGUGAGUGAGUUAGCAAGUGUAAGGCAGCUCAGGAGUGAUGGCUGAACAAGUCUGCUGUCCCAUUUGUAGCAGUACAGCCUCCCCUCCUACCUCCCUUCCCAUACCAUGGAGGCCCAUCCUCUAGUAGCACUAACGCCAGGGCUUCUGCAAGAAGGCAUCUGCAAACAGGAAACAUCAAGUGUGAGGAAGGAGACCCAAUGUUACACAGUAUUCAACUUCAUCACUUUAUUUAAACAUGCCAAGAAAAUUACAGCACUGUCACCAUCACUAUAUAGUUAUGUUGUAUUGAUUAUGUCCCAUAAAAUUCAUUAAAAGAGGCUGAUUUGUAAAUGAAAUUGUUAUGCCUUAGUUCAUUUUGCUAUUACUGGGAACUACUAUGUGCAGUGGCUCCCUGCAAUGGGAAUAUAAGAAUUUCAUGAAUACAUUUCCAGAGUACCAAACAACAAAAAGCCUACUCAGUAUUUCUUUAAAAGCCGUAUCUAUAGAAAAGACUUGAUUCCCCCCAAAAACAAAAUCAAUACACAUGAGAUUGUUAGAAUACAAGGACAGACUUUAAAAUGAUGCAGGACUGAGGGGAAGCUGUAGUCUGAGUGUUGGCUUUGUCAUUAACAAGCUAUAAAGUACUAGACACAACACUAAACUUCAUCUUUGGUAAAAUGAGGAGGUUGAAUUUCAUGGUCUCAGCAAAAAUUCAGUUCUACAGAUUUUAUAACUUAGUUUUCUAGGUCAAUUUCAAUGGACUUUUGAUAAUCUCAAUGAUCCAUAAAUGUUAAAUUCAAAAUCUGCUACAGUUACAGAUACAAUUUUUUUAUAUCUGAAGAAAAUAUAACAUUGUUUAAAGAAAAUAAAAGGUAGGCAUUUUCAGAAAAAGCUGUCCCAAUAUUUCUACCAACGUGCAGUUAAAUAAUUAAAAAAUACUUUUGAUGCCAUACGAGUAUAAAUCAAUUUGAUAUAAAACCUAAAAGUCUAACUCAAAGAACAAUGUAGUUCCUCAGGAUACUUCAGCAGACAGACUAGUCCAAUAACAGUGUGUUGGAGAUGGCAUUCACAUUUCUUACCACUGGGCCUUUAAAUUCUAGAAGUGAAAGCUCAGACCCCUAAAAUGCUUUGGAAGGCAAGUUACAGAGGACGGGGGGAAAAGAAAGAGGAAAACAUCAUGCUCACACUGUUCAGCUCCCAGGAUUUUUUUAAAAAAAGAGUUAACCACAACUUAACCAAGAUCCCAUUCUAUACUCAGUAUUUUAAAUCUUCAUCUCCGUCUUCUCUUCCCAAGACACACACAGUUAGAGAAUUUUCUAUAACAGUCCAAGCUUUUGUUUAGCAAUGAAGCAGGUUUAGAGUGAAAUAAGAACACUCAAGCUUAUGAAUUUUCCAUAGGAAAUCUUAACAACAACAAAAAAAGUAAAUGAUUAUUGCAAAUCCUUUCUGCUUGACGUUUUACCUUUAGGGUUAAAAAAAUAAAAGAACCUUUUGUUCAAGGACAUUAAGAAACCUUUUCCUCCCUUACUAAAGAUCCCAAAAUCAGAAUCACAUGCAAAUCCAAUCAAAUUCAAGUGCUGUGUCAGGUUUAAAUAUUCGUAUUUGGGUCUCAAAAAUAACUACACCACUGUGAAAUGUGUGACUUUUUACAGGAGAGAACAUCCUAUGUCCCUAGUUGCUUUCUCCUUAGGCAAUCCAUUAAUGAUUUACUACGUUUUUAAAAAAUGAUACUAAUUCAAUAUACAUUAUUUUCCAAAAAAUAACAGUAUUAUUCAAUAUUAAGCAUGCCUGAUUAAAAAUAGUUUAAAAGGUAUUUGAUAUGGAUUUAGCUGGAGAAUUAAACAUUUCUAACUGCUUAACAGCAAGAAGAAAUUCAAUUUAUUCUGAAUAACUUUCAUUACUUCAAAGUAUAUGAAAAUCCUUUUACAACAAAUCUCUUCCCUGAUACAGUUAAAUGCAAAUGAAUCUUUUUCCUGUCUUACUCCAGAAAGCUCCUGCAUACAUAGCUGACACGCCACCUACUGCAAAACCCAGCUGACAACGCAGGCGAUGCUGCCAGCAUUUCCAUUCCAUCACCAAGCUGGGACUGAAUAAAGGCGUGUUUGUGUGGUAGUGUUUCUUUUUAAAAAAUCUCAAAGCCAAGAGGAACAAGCUGCAACAGCAUCUUCAAAAAUGGAGCGUAAAAUAAAUAGAAGAGAAAAAGAAAAGGAGUAUGAAGGGAAACACAACAGCACGGAAGAUGUUAACCAAGGAAAGAACUGCAAAUCCACACUGAUGACCCUCAACGUUGGUGGAUAUUUAUACAUUACUCAAAAGCAAACACUGACCAAGUACCCAGAUACUUUUCUUGAAGGUAUAGUAAAUGGAAAAAUCCUCUGUCCGUUUGAUGCUGAUGGUCAUUAUUUCAUAGACAGGGAUGGGCUCCUCUUCAGGCAUGUCCUCAACUUCCUACGAAAUGGAGAACUUCUACUGCCUGAAGGGUUUCGAGAAAAUCAACUUCUCGCACAAGAAGCAGAAUUCUUUCAGCUCAAGGGACUGGCGGAAGAAGUGAAAUCCAGGUGGGAAAAAGAACAGCUAACACCCAGAGAGACUACUUUCUUGGAAAUAACAGAUAACCAUGAUCGCUCACAAGGACUGAGAAUCUUCUGUAAUGCUCCUGAUUUCAUAUCAAAAAUAAAAUCUCGCAUUGUUCUGGUGUCCAAAAGCAGGCUGGAUGGAUUUCCGGAGGAGUUUUCAAUAUCGUCUAAUAUCAUUCAAUUUAAAUACUUCAUAAAGUCUGAAAAUGGCACUCGACUUGUACUGAAGGAAGACAACACCUUUGUGUGCACCCUGGAAACUCUUAAGUUUGAAGCUAUCAUGAUGGCUUUAAAGUGUGGUUUUAGACUGCUGACCAGCCUGGACUGUUCUAAAGGGUCAAUUGUUCACAGUGAUGCACUUCAUUUUAUCAAGUAAUUACCUGUGUCGAACAAAGCAACAAGCAUGCAGCCAGCGAGCUUAGGAUAACCGCAGCAUCAAAGGCAUCCCAAACAACGUGCCCAGCUAGCUCUGUACUACAGAGCCCUGCUGCUAAUCAAUUACUGUGAGCUAACGGUAUGUAAAUUCUGUCGCUAAUGAUGCCCUUCUUUGGGUGGUCCUGCUGUGAGACUGGUACAUCUAAAAUGAAAACAAUGAUCUUCUACAUACUGUGAAUAAAGACUGGAUGCUUUUGCUAUUUGUUUAUUUUUCCUUAAGCUGUCUUUCAAUCAGAAUGUCCUGGGUACUUGCAUAAUGAUCAAGCAUGUACAUUAUCUAUCGUUCAUUUAAGUAAACAGUAAAAUAUUUUAAGGGGCUGUAAGAUUUAACAUCCUUUUCUACUUAUGGCAAAUAUCACAAAGAUACUGAACUGGUAAGAUUAACCAUUGAGAGUAAACACAUGUACAGAUCUACUAACACAGAACUACAGUGAAACAAAAUGAGACUGUAAGAAGGUAUUACAGCUACUGAUUUAAUUUUUAAUGACAGGUACCAAAAGCUUAUUUCUUGUAUUUCAUACUAGAAUUAUAGCUGAAUUGAUAUUUUGCUGAAAAUUCCUAGAAAACUGUUGGAUGACAAUAAAAAGAAAAAAAAGGCACUGCUAGCUUCUUUGCUUGUAUUAGUAAUUUUAACAAAAAGUUAAACAUGUCACCUUAGAAACAAAUAAUAUCACUCGAUGAUUUCACACAGUAUUUUAUGCACUGAUAUAGUCAACCACAGGUUACAGUGACCCUGGCUGGUCUGGGAAGGUAAACAAAUCAGCAAAUUCAUUUAUUUGCAGGCUGAGCUCCAACACAGCAUAGGUAACUUAGUCUCAGAGGGGUACUGUGAUGUUAGAAUAAUAAACAAGUUGAUUUUCAG